CCGCGGAGCCCGAGCAGCGCCCGGGUGAGUCCGCCCGGCGGCGGCGGCGGCGGCUCCCGCAGGAGAAACUUCCGCAGCCGCCGCCUCGCCGGGGCAGGCGAAGGGGCUACGUGAGGUUCGCCCCCGGGGCUCCCGGCAACAGCCCCUGCUUCCCCCCGGCCCUGCAGCGAGGACCCUGGCCCCUCCCCGUGGCCUCUGGGCGGGGACGGGCUCUCCCGCUGCCCCCCACUUCCCCGGGAGCCUCCCCGCGCGGCGGGAGAGCCCCUGCCCCUGGCUCGCCCCUCAGGCGCUGCGCGCUCCCCCUGGGACUGGGCCUCCCGCGGGGCGGGCGGGGGUUUGCAGCCGGUUUCCACGAGACGCCUACAAACUCUCCUCUUCCUUUCUUAGCCUCUCUCCUGCUAGUGGGCUCAGGCGGAGUAAGCCCUGAUUGCAGGGUGAACGGGGACACCCCCUCCUCGGUCGUCAUCCUCCCCUCUGGGCUUGGAGCCCCUUGCAGAUCUUGCGUCCUCGCGGGGGCUGUUCCUCCCGCCCCCAGAUUUACAAUAAAAAUUUGCAAAAAGAAUACAGGCUACCACGGCUGCUACUCUGAAAUAAAAAUUUGAGCGGCGUUUCUUGCGGUUUACGGUAAGAAGAUACGGCUGCUGCUGACCCGGUUAUUAACGGGAGCUACAAACAAGAACGUUUAAUUAUUUUUACAAAGCACACAAAGUUCUGUAACCUUUUUCUGAGUCAAGGACGGAGCAGGCAUGCAGCUGAGGACCACAAAGUAAAGUGGAUUCAGUACUGACUGCUCCUACAGUCCUGGAGGGCUUGCAGCUUUUGUCGUUAAGUUUAGCUGUGGAUGCUCGUGAAUUUGCAAAAAUGGAUAAAUAUGAUGAUCUGGGCCUGGAGGCGAGUAAAUUUAUAGAAGAUCUCAAUAUGUAUGAAGCCUCCAGGGAUGGACUCUUUCGGGUGGACAAAGCUGUUGGCAACAACCCAGAAUUUGAGGAAACCAGGAGAGUUUUUGCCACUAAAAUGGCUAAAAUUCAUCUCCAGAAACAGCAGCAGCAAGAAGAGGAGCUGAUGUUGGCUGACUCUGGCUCUCUAAAUGGUGGGGCCAGUUUCAGUGUCCAGCAGCAGUUUCCAAACCAUCCUGUGCAUGGAGUAGCUGCGGGGGCCAGUACAUUGCAUUCAGGAGAAAAUAUUGCCAAACCUCCUCUGGCCACAGCAUCAGUGUGUGCAGCACACCAGCUUGCUUUUCCACACCAUCCACAAGCUGUUCCUGAUGGGCAGCGAACAAAAUUAUACCAAGAGGGCAAACCAGCUAGCAAAGAAUAUGGCUGUAGAGAGAAUCUGGGGGAUUCUGAGAUCUCUGAAGGACAUGGGUUCCACAGAACUGCCCAUGUGAAUCCCAGUGCUGCAAGGCCAUCUUUUCCUUCUCUUCCCCAUGGACAUCGUUAUAAUGAGAAUCAGACAGCUGUCCCUGCUUGGGGAGGAGAUGCUGGUAAAUUUUCCAUCCCAAAAUCUGGUUUGGGGAGUUUACGAUCCAGUGUUAAUCAUAGUGAUCAGCUCCCUAGGAGUCCUACAAAAAUGCAAGCUGAUCCUCACCCGUACAAGCAUCAGAAGUCACAGAGCUCCUGCAGGUCUUCUGAAAGUGGGUAUGGAAGCCAGGAAAAUGGGAAUGAAAGCAACAGACUCAGUCAAGGCUAUGACCAAAACCCAACUGGUCAGAGAUCAUCCUCUUUCUCACAUACUCUGACCUCCUUUUCCACUUCUGCAGGGUUUGAUGAUGAGACAGCAGUGGGACUUUCACAACAAAGAUCUUCCUCAUUCUCAGCCCCAUCAACAUUGCCCCAUCAACAAGCAUUUUCAGGUCUGUCUGAUCAAUUUAGCCCAAACCCUGAGAGUGAGAUGCUAGCUUCUGGCACACCACACAAAACCAGUCAUGACCACUCACUAUGGUGCCAUGACAAUUCUAGCUCUUCCACAUCUAGUUCAGCUCCUACUCCAUUGCCUCCAAGCGUAAAUUAUCAGCAAGCCAGUGCUUAUCCCAAGUCUUCAGCUCAUUUCAUAGUUCAUGGUCAAAAUCACAGGCUUAAUUGUCCUGGCUCCGGCAUAAGUCCUGAGCAGAAUUCCAUCAGCGUAGCUUCACAUGGGCCAAUGAUUUCUGAUGCUCCAAGGUCUCCAUUUAAAGAGGGCAUAAGCAGUCUGCAGCAUGACUCAGGACUCCAGGAAAAUUCCAGUUCUACAAAAGUAAAAUUACCCUGUCAGACCCUCCUUCCACAGCAGGAACAAGGGCCGUCUGCAGCUGAAUUAAAAUUAGAAGCACUUACCCAGCGUCUGGAGCAAGAGAUGGAUGCUCGUCCCAAGGCUGACUACUUUGGAACCUGUGUGAAGUGCAGCCAAGGUGUGUAUGGAACAAACCAGGCUUGCCAAGCCAUGGGGAAUCUCUACCAUGAUGGCUGCUUCACCUGUGGCGCAUGCAGUCGAAAACUGAGAGGAAAAGCCUUUUAUUUUGUUAACGGAAAGGUGUUCUGUGAAGAAGACUUUCUGUAUUCAGGUUUCCAGCAGUCAGCUGACAGGUGUUUCAUUUGUGGUCAUUUGAUAAUGGACAUGAUCCUGCAGGCUCUAGGGAAAUCAUACCAUCCAGGCUGCUUCCGUUGUGUGAUCUGUAAUGAAUGUCUGGAUGGAGUGCCAUUCACUGUAGACACUGAGAAUAAAAUCUACUGUGUCAGAGAUUACCACAAAGUUUUAGCUCCAAAAUGUGCAGCAUGUGGACAUCCCAUUCUGCCAACUGAGGGGUCUGAUGAGACAAUUCGGGUUGUGUCCAUGGACAAGGAUUACCACGUGGAAUGUUAUCACUGUGAGGAUUGUGGGAUGGAACUCAAUGAUGAAGAUGGACAUCGCUGUUAUCCGCUAGAUGAACAUUUGCUUUGUCACUCCUGUCACCUGAAGCAUAUAGAGAAAGGCACAACUCCAGUAGCUAUGUACCAGCAUCACUACUAGUCAGUACUGCUAAUUCCCAGAAGCCUGUCAGAGGACUUGUUAUAGUACACAUUUUUCCCCAGUUGAUUUUCAGUAUGCAUUUCCCCCAAUCAGUGAUUUACAGAAAGAGGAUACAGAGACAUUAGCUAGAUUUUUUUUUUCAAGGUUUGUAUGUAUGUGAGCUCCACUCUUAUCACAAAUGUUUGUUUGAACAUGUAAUGUUUUCCGGGCUGGUUGAUUUAUUUCCCUGUGCCUUUUUCUGAUCUCAAGAGCUCUUUGCUUUCACUUGGGAAGAUUUUUCAGUAGAAGCACAACCAUCUAUCACAUCAGUGAGUUCAGAUCAUGCCUUGCACAAUUAAUAAGCCACAGACCACUCUACCUACCUGCUGAGAACAUUUCUUCAGUCUGUGAAGUGGCUUCUGACAAACACGUUUCAUCAAAUCCCCCAAGGAGAUCAGCUUAUUAAUACUGAUUCUUAGAAUCUUUUAAAUCCUUUAGAAAAGGGGCUCUGUGCACAAAAGCACAUUCAGACCUUUCAGUUUGUUCCCAAACUUCAAUGCCAGCCUGGCUGUGAAAUGGUUGUGACGCAGAAUAGCAAGCUGAGCACAAACAAACCAGGCACCUCACUUGGCUGCUGAAUGUCCACAUCCCAACGAUUAUUUUUUGGAAACUGGAGCCUGAUAUACAAAGCCAUCUUAGUAAAUAUGGUCACCUGUGCUGCUGCUUGUGCAUUAGCAUGGUACACUGGGAUCGCUUUGUAUAAAGUCUGAGCAGCAAAUUACAUUUGAAAAGUUCUGGAUGCUGAAGAUAUGUACGUGAGGGCAGUCUGUCUCCCAUUAUCUCCUGCAAAGGUCACUUUAGAAAAGAGCUCUGUGCCUUUCAUUUUGCCCAUGGAGCUCAGACAUCAACAUGGCUGUGGAAAAAGGUAUGAGUCAGGAGGCCUCAACACUCACUCCUACAGUGUUUAUCCAGCUCAGACCUAUUUCAUAAUGGUGCCUAUUUAGAGUUCUGGGAACAGAUUCAAGAGCAUGAUGUGAAGGUUUUAUGUUUGCACAGAUUUAGAGCCUAACUUUGCAACGCUCACUUGUGAGUAAGUCCAUUGGCACACAUGGAUUUGCUCUCAUGAAUAAGGAUUACUUAUGUGAGCAGGGCUUGCAGGAUUAGAUCCUUACUUUUUUGUUCCGUUCAGAAAGCAAAAAUAGCGAAUGUUUUUACUUUUUAAACACCCAGGUGUGAUAGGUAUUAUUUACAGUAUACAUACUGUGCACCCUAAAGCUUUGCAGAAACUGGUAUACAGGUACUUGUUUUUAUUUAAAAAACCAGCUGUUUCACUGCUGUUUAGUGUCUGUGAACUGACCUCCCCAACGUAUCCUAAGUGUAUUGAAGACUAAUUAAAUACUAACUAAAUCCUUCUGCAUCAGUGCUAAGCUAUUUAUUCAACCCUGUUUGAUAGUAUGGUGUAUAGUUUCCUCCAAGAUCCACCAUGAAACAGUGCUGACUAAAUUAGCUAACCAGUGGUAACUACAUUUCAGGAAUGAGCCGGAGCAAAGUAGUUAAUACUCUUCAACCAAACAUCUCUCCCAAUAACAACUUUCUGGUGCUAGCUAACUGCUUGAAGUUAAAAUAUAGGGCCAGAUUCUGCCACUCUUACUCCCAUUGAAUAGUAUCUUAUUCCAGGAGUAGUCCCCCUGAAAUGAAUGGAGGAAUAAGGUAUUACUCAGCUAAUGUUGUCAGAAUCUCGCUUACAUUUGAUGAUAUUCUAAUAUAUACAUUUCUCCCACUCCUGCUCCUCCAUUUCCCCCCCCAGCCUAGAGCUGAGAGGGCCCAAUCCUGAAAGGUGAUAAGUGCUUCCUACAAAUUGCUAAGCGUGCUCAACUUCACUUUGCAGAAUUGGGCCCAGCUGAUUUUCUUUUUUCACCGAAUGUCAUGAGGGGGGCAUUUUGUCCCACCCAGCAGUAGCUCUCAGCAUCCCAGCCAAAGUCACCCUCUGUCACUAUUUCCAUUGACAACAGCAACUUCCAGGUGCAGCAGUCACUCUGUCGUGAGGACAGAUAGGGCUCUUUCAGAGCUAUUGAUCAUGCUGUUCCCUGUUGUGGUAAAUGAUGCAAGAAAGCAGUGCAGAUUACUCCAUUUGCCUGGAAACCAUAGACAAGCAACUUUCACUCCCCAUUCUCCUUUCAUCCACCUCUCUCUCUCUCUCUCUCUCCUGCGCGCACACUAUUUCUAAGGUUGUCUAGAUUGGUGGAGGAAACUUUUGCUGGGUGUUUUUUAAGACCUUAAAAUAUUAAUCUGCACUAACAGUUUAUUACAUAUCCUUAUUUGCCACAGUGUGAGUAGAAAUGAACAGAACUCAGCAAUAUCAGAUUUGUAUGCUGAGAUCAUUCAGCCAGGCACAGGUUUAAUCAGUUGCACAAGCAAGCGUACUCAGUGGGGAGGGCGUUGGUUCAACAUCUGCAGGCGAGAACUACGUUGCGAUUAGUAGUGAUGGGCAGGUUUUCAAACCGAUGCCUCAGUUUGCCCUGCACUGGGCAGAAACCAAGCAAGGCUCUUGUCAGGGUUCCCUCCCCACUCUGAACUCUAGAGUACAGAUAUGGGGACCCGCAAGAAAAACCCCCUAAACUUAUCUCUACCAGCUUAGGUAAAAAACUUCCCCAAGGCACAAAUUCUUCCUUGUCCUUGGAAUGGUAUCGCUGCCACCACCAAGCGAGUUAGACAAAGAUUUAGGAACAGGACCACUUAGAGUUCCUGUUUUCCCAAAAUAUCCCCCCAAGUCCCUUCACUCCCCUUCCUGGGGAGGCUUGAGAGUAAACAAGGUGAGCACAGACCAGACGCUUGGGUUUUUAGGACAUUAAAAACCCCAAUCAGAUUCUUAAAAACAGAACUUUUAUUAUAAAGAAAAAAAGUAAAAGAAACACCUCUGUAAAAUCAGGAUGGAAGAUAAUUUUAUAGGAUAAUAAGAUUUAAAACACAGAGGAUUCCCUUCUAGACAAAACUUUUAAAGUGAUGAAAAAAACAGGCGUAAACCUUCAUCUUAGCAUAGGAAAAAUUCACAAGCUACUCUAAUGCAUUUCCUUCUAUUACUUACUAUUUCUGUAAUUUUAGAUGUAUCAUUCAGUAGGAGCUGGAUUACUUGCUUGGUCUCUUUGUCUCCGGAGAGAACACACAGAAACACAAAACAAAAACCUUCCCCCACAGGUCUGAAAGUAUCUUCUUCUCCCCUUAUGGUCCUUUUGGUCAGGUGCCAACCAGGUUAUCUGAGCUUCUUAACCCUUUAUAGGUAAAGGAGGGAUCUUAUGCUACCCUUAGCUGUAUGCUUAUGACAGCUCUGGACUCUGAUUUUGGCCCAGGGCUCAGUCAGAUCAGCAAAAACCCCUCCAGAGAACAGCAAACUGAUAUUUAUGACCCAUCCAUUAGGUGAAUGCCUCUGCAUGUACUUCAUUGUGACUGCUGCCCUUUGGGAUGAUGACACUGGAAUAAGGUUGGCAAGCAGUCACAUAAUGAAGGCCAGAAAAGAUGUUCAGUAGGGCUGUUCAGCAAGUUAUUGAGCAAGUGGGGUAGUUUAGCUCUGAAGCCCCAAUAUCCCCAAAGACUUGCAGCCUCCAGAUGAGUGAGGGAGGAAUAUUAAGGACAGGUAGUCACUGUAUUUGUAUUGAGAAACAUUCCUAUGAUAGUGCCCUUGACCCUGAGGCAGGAUGGGGGGGAUUUACUGUUGAUUUCAGCAGGAGCAGAAUCAGCUCCAAGACGUACAAGGACUAGAACAUGUAACUGGGGGGCUCAGUAUGCAGCUGUUGAACAGUAGAGGGGGGAGUGCUGAUGCAGCAGCGGUGCUCUACACAAGAAGUCUGAGCCAGCUGUAGUAACAUGCAAGGACCAAAUCAUGCCAGGUGCUGAGCACCCUCGACUCCAUUUACCUUAAUGGAAGUGGAGGCUGCUCAGCUCUGCACAGGAUCCAGGCCUGUAGUGCUUGCAGCCACACCCAGUAGGGGUUUGAAAAAAGCCGUCGCAAUCUAAAAUUGCGCCAAGGUACUUAGGUGGGAAGCAGUUGUAAAUUGGCAACUAAUGAACAUCACUGACCAUUCCUUGUAAACUAAAGCAUUCUGACCUUAGAGAAUAUCAAUAACUUUUGUAGGGAUGAGGCAUAAAUGCCAGGCCUUGCACUACUGCUCUAUCCUCAAGAGACCAGCAAUCCCAUUGUAUUAAGUUUUAUUAGUGAUUCUGACUUUCAGAAAGCCGCUAGUAUUCAUGCAUUUCUGGUCAUAGUGUAGGAAAGAUGUGAAAACACUAACAAGAACUGGACUCUCUUUUAAACACAAUAGACUCCUCAGUCAUUUAGGGCAACAUCUGAGUGAUGCAGAAUAAAGAUGAUUGGGUUAUUCUGGGCUGCAGUCAGACCAGAGGAAAAGCAAUCUCACAAGAAGUCUGCUUGUUGUUAAUUUAAAAAUGUGCCAGUGGAAAAUGACACUCAAGUACAGGACACUUACUGAUCAGUAGAUAUUCACUGCUUCUUCUUGGGUUUAAACUCUCACUCUACUCACUAACACUAAGAGGGGAGGGAAAUGAGAGAAUGAAAAAGUUACUCUGUGGAAAGCCUCUUUUGGCCUGUCGUUCUGCCAUGAGUUACACUGGAGAAGAUUUCUCUGAACUUGAUGGAAAAUUCAGCCUCUGGUUCCACAUGGUGUCUUGUUACUCAUGUAAGUAAUCCCAGAGCCCUCAUCACUGGGGAAAUGGAGGAUUAUCCUACUUUCAUUUUUUAAAUUCUAUAAAUUAUGAGUGGUGUGAACUUUUUUUUUCUCCUGAUGUGUUUACAGAGAGCUAGGCGGCAGCAUUAAGCAAUUGGGAAUGGAAUGUAUAUGUUUGUGGUUUUGAAACUAACCUGUACUGAAUAAUUGCUCACCUACCUGUUUUAACUUGUACUGUUAGAUCUUUGUCAGUCUGAAUGAAUUCAAUAUGCUUUUUGUUCCUGUAAUUUGGAGGAAGAUAUUUACUGGUUUGCUUUAAAAUCUGAUGUACGUUUUCAUCUCUGAGUUACUUAUUUGCCAAAGCCUUCUUCCCCUCUGAAUGGAGUGGACACAGCAGAUUUUACCGGAAGGGGUGUGGGUGUAGAGGGCUGCCUUUGCAGCAUCAUCUCCUAGCCCUGGAACUCUCUCCACAAGUACUCUGCAGGAUUUGGAGGGAUGGCAGUGGCAAGAGCUUGUCCUCACCACAUUCUCCCCUUCCCAGGCUGUGGAUAUCUGAACCUAUGCUGAUGCUGCUAGUAGUGGCCCCAGGUCUACACCCAUCUUUGCCAGGGGGUUUUAUACAGGUCAGGGAGCCUGAAAGCUAUGCUGUCAAGGGAGAAAGAGGACUAGCACCUCUGAGGAACUGGGGAUUUCCUUCCUCGAGGACCCUGGAGAUCUGUGGGGUGAGAGGCCCCACUCUCUGUCCUCAAACACCUCCCUCAAGGGAAGAAUGCCAGGAAACUCUGAGCCUGCAAAGUGCUAAGCAGCCUACCUCCCACUGACUUCACGGGGAGUUGACGGCACUCAGCACUUUACAAGACCAAGCCUUCUGCAAGAUCAACCUGGCAGACUUUCCUGGGCCACCUGUACCUUUUGCCAUGUGCAUUUUGGCAGGAGAGGAAGUGUAGGCCUUAAGCAGUUUAAAGCAGCCUCUGUGGAGAGGUAAGAGAAAGAUGGAGCUAUCACAAAAAAUGUGACAAAUGCUGGCUUAUUACAUGGCUUCUAAACAUCAUCUCUCUUCUGUUAACGUGCAUGUGCAAUCUUUUGUUAAAUGAGCUCUUGAAAACAGCAUCAGCUGAAAGCAGCAGUAUGCUCUGAAAGUUAGUCUAGUCUUUGGAAACAGCUUUGCUCUUUUAAUUUGCUUUUAGGGUAAAGGAUGUUUUGAAGUCUGUUUUUCAUAUAAUUAUUCAUUACAACCACAUAGUUAGUUAUUUAAAUGAAAAAUAUCUAGGGUUUGCUUUCCAAAACCAAGGUUUAAUAUAUUUUUAACUCAGCUCAUGCUUUUAAACACAUACGUUCUCUAUUAUUUAGAAGACUGAUGUUGGCUUAAAUUGGGAUUUUUGCAUAAAACAUGGGGCAAGACGAAAAACUGCAGUAAAGACAUUUGUGUGUGUUUUAAAAUAAACAGCAUGAAAAGUAGUUAGGGUCUAGAAGAUUCACAAAACUGCAGUGCUAUUAAAAGAAACAGAGGCCCAGUCCUGUGCCACUGAAGUCCAAUGGAGAUUUGUCAUUUAUUUCAAUGGGAGCAGAAUUGGGUUCUUGUUUAAAGAACACUUACACUUGCCACCAGUUUUCCUUUUUUCAUAACUUCACCAUGUUGGCCUGAUCCUGCAAAUGCUCUGAAUGUAGAACUGCUAUUGACUUACGUGGCAGUUCUGUUUAUGGGCUGUCUGCUGAACUGAUCCUGAUGCUAAGAAAUCUCUCUAUCCUUUGAAAGGUUAUGCUUGUAUUUAACUUUAUAUGAGUUUUCUUAUUGGAGUUAGUGGACCUACUCACUACCCUGAAGUAAAGUUUGUGUGUACAAGUUUUUGCAGGAUCAGGGACAAAAUUAUUUAAUGUAUAAAUGAUGCAGGCAUGGGAAUAAAUGGAAUAAAUUUGUUUUAAAUUAUUUAAUAUAUUGGGGCCUCUUUGUUUCAGUUACUUAAACAGUGGGUGCUCAUUUAAAUUAAAAAAAAAAAAGCAUGUUUUCAAACAAUGCUCUGGUUUUGGGUGGGAGAGACAGGGUGCUUAUGGUAAGGGAUGAGCCAAAGGUCUUUGUGGGGGGAAAUUGUUCAUCAUAUUACCAUAAAAUUAGUUAACAGAUUUUUUUUGAGGGUUUUUCCCCCCACUCUAUAGUGUGGAUGCAGCCCUGCUCCCUCUAACUUCAGGGCAAGGAGUAUCGGGCCCCAAAAGCAAAACACUGUUUCCUUUUUCUGUCUUUGUGUAUGUUUGUGGACUUACAGGUAUAUUAGUCACUGAGACCUCAUGGUGGUGAUAACAAGUAGGUAUUUCUAGGGUUUCCAGGCAAGCUUUUGUAGGUGAUUGUGGGAUUCAUUGGUCCUUGCUUAUACUGGGCUGCAUAAUGUCAUUACAAUAGGGAUGGAUUGGGUCAACAACAUAUGCUGUCCCCAUCCUAAAAGACUGACUGAACAUCUGAAUCUGGCAGCGUGAGUCAGAAGACUUUCCCUUCUCCCAUCACAUGGCAAGUCCACUUUCUAUGACACUGGCUAAUUGGCACUGUUGUGUACACCUAAGAGAAGCAGAUCUAGCAGUCUGCAUUCUCUGGUGGGCUUUGGAAAUACCUGCCUUUUGAAACAGCCCCUCAGAUGGCUCAUAGGGAAAUAAACUGACUGAGGAGAAUCAAAUUCAGGCUUCUCUAGCACUAAAAUUCCUGAGCCCACUAAAAGGGAAACAGGAGAUCGUGCAGCAGAGUGCACCACCUGCCUGCCUGAGGAAAGAAGUUGGACAUAAUCUCUGCCCUAUGUGGAAAAUAAAAUGUAUAAUGUAGUGCCGUUAGAUGAUAGUUACCUAACAGAGACUGUGUCCCGUAUACUCUAGUGUUUGCUGCAAAGAUGAAUGAAUAACUUGCUUCCAGAACUAUUUUUAUGCCCUUACUAAUAGUGACCCUUAUUUCCAAUGCAGCUGGUCUGCAGUAUACACCCACACUUGAACUCAGGCACACACAAGAAUUACACUACUUUCUACUCCAGAAAGUAAAUCCAGAACCCAGGUAGAAAUACUGAAUGGUACUAAUUUUUGUUGCCUUAAAACUCUGAUCCAAAAGAGAGUGUACUAGAACUGUUGUUGGUGUAAUUAACCUCGGCUACAUGUGAAUAUGGUUUUCUUUCUUCUAUGCUGUUAAAUAUUUAUAAUGAAGGCCUGUAGCAAUGGCAAACCUUUUGGCCUGCUGUGAUUUCAGUGAUUAAAAAGAAUAUAAUACAA